CUGGCCUCUUCCUGUUUUAACAGAAGGGUGGGACAGGCGGAAGCAGCAUCUUACGGUGCUAAGAUUUUGUCGCUGAGCAGUUGAAUUGGUCAUUCUUAACUCAGUAUGCCGGCGUAUCACUCAACCAUGCAGGAGGAGAACACCAGGACGGUGGGGAACAUGGCUUUACUGCCCCUUAAAACACAGUUUAAGGGGCCGGCUAGAGGAGACGGCAUCGAUUCUGACAUUAUUGACGAGGCUAUCUACUACUUCAAGGCUAAUGUUUUCUUCAAGAACUACGAGAUCAAGAAUGAGGCAGACAGGACCCUGAUCUACAUCACACUCUAUAUUUCUGAGUGUCUAAAGAAGCUGCAAAAGUGCAGCUCCAGGGGACAAGGGGAGAAGGAGAUGUACACACUUGGCAUCACCAAAUUUCCCAUUCCCGGAGAGCCCGGCUUCCCGCUCAACGCCAUGUACGCCAAGCCCACCAACCGGCAGGAGGAAGACACGAUGAGGUUGUACCUCCAGCAGAUCAGGCAGGAGACAGGGUUGAGGUUAUGUGACCGUGUGUUCGACCCCCAGACAGACAAACCCAGUAAGUGGUGGAUGUGUUUCGUCAAGAAGCAGUUCAUGAACAAGAGUCUGUCUGCUCCAGGACAGUAAACAGGCAGCGUGCAGUGUUUUCAUCUGUGCCUGCCAGUUGGGCACUCUAUUUCUUAAGGUUGGAUUUGUGCUUUUUUGUGGUGCAAUUUUAUACGCUUUGAGUUGAUACGGAUAUGUUCUUAAAGUGAACGUUAAAUUGAGCUGGUGCUUAAUUCAAUAAAGCAAUUAUGGAUGUG